AUGUCUUUUCAUCCACCUGUUCGUCCAGAAGUGAAACCAAAACCUCCGAAACAAUGGUACGAAGAACUUUUAGAAAAUGUGAGGAUGAAAUUCUUCUAUACUUCACGGCUAGCCUGGGAGUUCUGCUUCCAGGACUCCGCUAUGUCUUUUCAUCCACCUGUUCGUCCAGAAGUAAAACCAAAACCUCCGAAGCAAUGGUACGAAGAACUUUUAGAAAAUGAUGAAAUCCUUCUAUACUUCACUGCUAGCCUGGGAGUUCUGCUUCCAGGACUCGUUUAUUUGAUUUAUCAUAAAGUACACAAAAUCUAUAUGAAUUAUGCUAAGAAAAAGGGACAAGAACGAUUAGCAGAAGAGGCAGCUCGUUCCGAAGUGGCCAUUGUUUCAUUAUGUACGGAAGAUAGUGUUGCGCGACGGUUUCUUUCUCAUUUGGAGAAUGUACUGAGGGCUGAGCUGGUCAAUCCACCAAAAAUAUGGGAUGCAGAGAAAUUGAAAGCAAAGGAUUUUGCAAGUUUUAAGGUUCAAUUAUUGAAAUAA